CACAAACACAAACACUUAAACACAAAAAACACCCUUCUUUUUAUUUAUUUGAUUUUCUCUCUCCUAGAAUUUUCCCAUUUUCUCUCUCCUCUCUAAUUACCCAUCACUCACUGCGAAACAACUUCGCCAAAAAAUUUGCUGUAACAAACCCACCACCCUUCUCACGAAAUUCACUGACUCUCUCCCAUUUUUCAGAUCAUUCAUUUCUUUCUUUCUUACUUUCUCUCUCCUCUUUUUUUGGUGGUGGUUGUUUUUUUCUAUCUCCUGUUUUUUCUGUUUCUGUUAUGGAGAAUCGCCGGCGAUGCAAACUCCGGCGAGUAGUAACGGUUUUUUCCGGGUGAAUGUGUGGUUGACGGAAUUCGUAAUCUUCCUUUGAACAAGAACAACCCCAGAAAAUAGGAAUACAGUGUUUUUUUUUAGAGUGGUAGAAGAAAGAGAGAGAUAAAUGUCGGCCGCAGCGGGAAGCGCAGGGGAGACGGCGGGUGAGGAGGCGACGGCGAAGGCAGUGCAUAAGAGGUAUGAAGGGUUGGUGUUGGUGAGGAAUAAGGCGAUAAGGGGGAAAGGGGCGUGGUAUUGGGCCCAUUUAGAGCCGUUGUUGGUUCGUAACGCCGACACUGGAUUGCCCAAGGCAGUGAAGUUAAAGUGUUGUUUGUGUGACACCAUGUUUAGUGCUUCAAACCCAUCUAGAACUGCCUCUGAACAUCUUAAGAGGGGUACUUGUCCAAAUUUCAGUUCUCCGACUACGCCCAGGCCUUUGUCGUCUGUUUCGCCACCACCACCUCCGGUCGGUGAGUCGCAGUCGCUGUGUUUGUCAUCUGGUGGUGGUGGUGGUGGCGGAGGCGGAGGUGGUGGCGGAGGCGGAGGUGGUGGUGUUGGUAGUACUACUACGACGACGAAUAACAGUACUGGGACUACACCACCGCCGCAGCAGUACAACCACCGGAAGAGGAGUUCUUCGUCGUCUUCCGGUGGUGGUAGUGCGGGAGGUGUUGGUGUUGGGGGUGUUCCGACCACACCCAAUACCAACACCAACACUAUGGGGAACACAAAUGCCCCAUAUGUGGCUCCUAUUAAUGUGAUUGACCCAGCUCGGUUCUCGGCCGAGAUGGGUUAUACAAGUGGUGGUGCAUUGGUGGUUCACCAAGCCCUAUCACAACAGCAGCAGCAAAAUCAGGUGAAUGUUCAGCAACAAUUGGGGUUGGCGGGUGGUGGGGGAAGUGGUGGGAGUGGCGGAGGGAGAGGGGAUGAAAUGUCGGAUGCUAGGGAUACUUUUGAGAAGAGUAUUAAGAAAUUGAAGAGCCCUAAAGCAUCACCCGGGCCUGCUUUAAGCAAGUCUCAAAUUGAGUGUGCACUUGAUUUGUUGAGUGAUUGGGUGUAUGAGUCAGGUGGGUCUGUGUCGUUUUCAAGCCUUGAGCACCCAAAGUUUAAGGCCUUCCUUAAUCAAGUGGGUGUUCCUGAGGUUUCUAAGAGGGAGUUUUGUGGGUCUAGGUUGGAUUUUAAGUACGAGGAGACUAGGAAAGAAUCCAAGGCUAAGAUAAGGGAUGCUCCCUUCUUCCAAAUUUCAACUGAUGGGUGGAAGCCUAAGGGUAGUUUUGAGGAGAAUUUGGUGAAUCUGACUGUGAAUUUGCCGAAUGGUGUGAGUGUUUACCGGAGGGCGGUGUUUACGGGCGGUCAGGUGCCGUGUAAGUAUGCUGAGGAAGUGUUGUGGGAGACAAUGGCAGACAUGUGUGGCAAUGGUUUGCAGCAAUGUGUAGGAAUAGUAGCUGAUAAGUUUAAGAACUCAGCAUUGAAGAAUUUAGAGAAUCAGAAUCAGUGGAUGGUUAAUCUUUCUUGUCAGUAUCAGGCCUUUAAUGGUUUGAUCAAAGAUUUCUAUAGGGAGCUCCCUUUGUUUAAAAAUGUUGCUGAGAACUGCCUUAAGCUUGCAAACUUUGUCAACAACAAAACCCAAGUGCGAAAUAGCUUCCACAAGUACCAACUGAGAGAGUAUGGUCUUGCUGGUUUGCUUCGAGUGCCUACGAAAGAGCUCGAAAAUUUGAAUUUUGAGCCUAUUUAUGCUUUGAUUGAAGACAUAAUGAGCUCAGCUCGAGUGUUACAAUUGGUACUCUUAGAUGAAUCUUACAAGAUAGUAUCAAUGGAGGACCCAAUUGCUAGGGAAUUUGGGGAGAUGAUUCGAGAUGUAGGGUUUUGGAAUGACUUGGAAGCAGUGCGCUCAUUGGUAAGAUUGGUGAAGGAAAUGGCUCAUGAAUUUGUGACUGAUAGGCCUUUAGUUGGACAAUGCCUUCACCUGUGGGAAGAGCUUAGGACUAAGGUUAAAGAUUGGUGUGUCAAGUUCCACAUUGCUGAAGCUCUCAUCGAGAAGCUGAUUGAAAGACGGUUCAGGAAGAACUACCAUCCUGCUUGGGCUGCCGCUUACAUUCUGGACCCCCUUUAUUUGGUGAGGGACAGCAGUGGGAAGUACCUUCCACCCUUCAAAUACCUGACACCCGAGCAAGAGAAGGAUGUUGACAAGCUCAUUACUAGACUGGUUUCGAGGGAGGAAGCACAUAUUGCAUUAAUGGAGUUAAUGAAAUGGAGGACUGAAGGGCUUGAUCCUGUUUAUGCACAAGCUGUUCAGUUAAGGGAGAGAGAUCCCUCUUCUGGAAAGAUGAAAAUUGCCAAUCCUCAUGGCAGUAAGCUUGUUUGGGAAACUUAUCUUCCAGACUUCAAGUCCCUCGGGAAGGUGGCUAUUAGGCUUAUCUUUCUUCAUGCCACUGCUCGCGGUUUCAAAUGUAAUUCUUCAUUCUUGAAAUGGGUUCAAGCUCAUGGUCGUUCGAGGUUGGGGAUGGAUAGGGCUCAGAAGAUGAUUUUCAUUGCUGCUCAUUCCAAACUGGAUAGACGCGAUUUCACUAGUGAUGAAGACAAGGAUGAAGAGCUUUUUGCAUCGCCAACCGGUGAGGAUGAUGUCCUAAAUGAGCUGCAGCAUCAGACGAUGAAAUUGUUGGACUUGGAAUGCCUCCUUAGCCCGGUCAAUAAACAGUAGGAGCUGCUGUAUAUCGUGGAGGAAGAAUAAGCUGAAAAAGACUUGAGCAGCACAAUAAACAGGAACUGCCAGAUUCACUUUGUUUAAGGCGGCCUGUUGCUCUAUCAAUUUUUUAGAUUUGGACGGAGACAUGGUUUUUUAGGCAUUGCAAUGGAUGCGAGAAGCAAAAAAUCUUUAUAGCUGGAGUUGCACUUGUUUUUGCUGGGUUCCAUAUCCUCUCCAAAUGUUCUAGCUUUGUGUCUGCACAACACAGUGUGGAACCCCACCAUAAAAGGAAGUGGGAGUCUUUUUUGAAGCUUUGGAUGGUUGUUGUGGUUCAUCAAAAAAUGAAAAAAAAGUUAAGUUGGGUCAUUACAUCAAAUCAAUCUUUGAAUUAGCUAGCUUCUGUUUGAAAACAUUAAGCUUAAGUUCAUGAUGUUCAUGCAAAAGAUUGAUUGGUUGAUGCAUCUCAUCAUAGUGUGUGAUUACUGUUUGGCGGAGGACCCCAAAAUGACGGAAAGACUGUCGGAAAGACACAAACAGAGGAGUGAAGCUGAUAGAGAUUUUGCAACAAAUUUGAUUUGAAGAUCAGGAUAUGUGAUAUCAAUCUGAUAAUUUUACAGGUGAUAGGAAGGAUUAGUCAAUAAUCUUAAGAGUAGGCAUUUUAGUCCAUGUACAUUUGCUUCCAUUUUAAGUUUGCAACUUUUUUUAGUCAGCUUCAUUAUUAACUUUGUGUCAAUAUUAUUGUCAUCUUCAUUCUUUGUUAGUUAAGAUGAUGCAUUUUUAUGAAGUCUGAUGUCAUUCUAAUUCUGAUUUAUGGACCUCUGUUUAGCUUUAGCUUCAAUUUUGUUCAUCUAUUUGAUUCUGUAGCAUUCAGUAAA